ACCCCCUUCCCGGGUGUCCCUAUCCCGGGGCACAACAUCGGUGGGGCGCGAAGCUGCUGUGGCUCGCGACCGCGCUCCCGGGCAAGGCAGGCAGCGAACAAGCGCCGGGGCAGCUCAGGAAGCCGACAGGUGUCCGCGGGGCGAGACCGAUUCCUCGCCUGCGUUCCCCUUCGCCCUCGUCCCGCCGCCCGUGCUGUUUGCUUUACAGCAGCGGAGCUGGGCACUUUUCGGCCUUAAAAUGAGCGCAUCAGCCGCUUGGGCUCAAGUCGGCGGCGGGGGCCGGGCAGAACCGGAUUCUUCGCGGGCUUAGGCGGCCGGGUCGGCACGCGAGGCGGACACUUGGCUGGCCAGGAAGCCCGGGUGAGCGCGGAAGCGGCGAGCGCAAACCGCCGGGGGCGGGGCCGCGGGGUUGCGUGACCCUCCGCCCGGCAGCUGCACGCACUUCGUGCCCCGGUCCGCCCUCCUAGCCUCGCCGGCAGCCUCGCCAUCGCGGGGCAGGAGCACAGGUGCAGGAGGGCGGCGCCCAGUUUCCAUUUUUAUAACCGCAGCCGGGAGAGGAGUCACGCUAUACUUCUGGGACGGGGAGUGAGUUCACCGGAGAGGACACGGCGUCUCCUUGUUAUCGGAACCUGGGUAACAUUUGGUAAUAAAACCCGCUCAGACAGGAUGUAUUAAACGAACUGGGAACCAGAGCUGGUCUAUCAGUAAGCAGUCGUUCCGGGGAAACUUUCCAACGAAAGCUUUACAUUAAGAGUCAGGGCACACAGGUGCGGUUCGUGUGACAUGCUAUCACAGGAAGGAAUCAGAGCAAGGACGGUGGCUUUGGGACGCAAAUUUUGUGCACUCUGCGCAAGAAUUAGUAACAGAGUUGUGAUGCUGUGCAAACUGUCAUUCCUCCUAGAAGCGUUCUUGCCAGUGUUUUAUUUUAAAAGAAGAGGAGCCUGAUUUUAAUGACGUAGUAACUGGAGAGCCCUCUAUUACAUGUUGACUCGAGAGUCCCAAGGACAUUUAAAAGAAAAAAAAGUGACUUCACAGGACGCCAUAAUCCAAGUUCCUUCUCAAGAUCACAAAAGAAGAAUAGAAUUCACUGGGACAUUCAUCACCAAUAAACUACAUCAUCAUUUUAAACAGCUGCACAGUCUUCUUGUUUGAUAAGUCAAUUUAUUUCAUUUUGGCAAGGCUUUGCGGGGAAUCCUACUGCAGCACUAGGGAGCGAAAACAACAGUAGUAAGUCUCUUACCCGGCUAGCAAGCUGCGAAUGUUCUAUUUCUUGGAAGAGCUGCAUUUUGGACCUCAUAAAAUCCUCAAAGGAGAGACCUGGACUAUGAACGAGUUCCCUGCAUGGAUUCAGUCACUGAGCAUCACCCCAGCCUGCCCCCAGCGUAAACCCAGCCCUUUCUCCGAGCCCCGCCACGAGAUUUCCCGCCUCCGCGCAGCACUUGGGACCCCGGGCGGCGCCCGGGAGUCCCGCUUCUGCGUUGGGGAGCGGCGUGGGCGUGACGUCAUCGCGCCCUGACGUCAGGUCGACGUACAGCACUGUGUCCUGGGAGACCGGGAAAGCCGUUUCGCACCCGGCAGAAUUGAAGUCUAGAUUAUUUUACUUCAGAGCUCCCUCAGUAUAUCUUGAGAAAUUAUGGAUCGUCACAUUCCCAUGCAUGCAUUACCUGAAGAAAUCCAAAAGGUUGUUACAUAAUACUGAGCAGAGUUCCCUGUGUUAUACAAUGUCUCCAGAAGAAAAAGUUUGUAAGUACUGUGGAGUCAGCUAUCUAAUUCUUCAUGAGUUUAAGGCUAUGGAAGAAAAAGUGAAAGCGAUGGAAAAAGAGAUGAAAUUUUAUCAAGGAAGUGUAGAACGUGAAAAGAGCCUUCAAGAAACACUACAGACUCUUAGCCAAGAUUUUGAACAGUACAAAAUUGACAGUGAAUCCAAAAUGGAAAGAAUUCGAGAUGCAAGCAUGCAGUUAAAAAGUCACCAAAAUGAUUUUCAGAGAGUACAGAAAGAAUUGAGUCAGUUGCAACAUGAGUUAAAAAUUAAACAAAGACAAUCACAAAUCUUCAGUCAGAGAUUGACAGAAUACAAGUAUCUCUGGAAUAAGACUCUUUCAUUACUUACUUUUAGUAAAAGAGAGCUAACCAGUAUUAAAAAUGAAAUAUAUGAUAAUUUUCAAAACUGGACUUCACUGAAAGGAGAAGUUUUUCUACAGAUUAAAUCCAUAAGUGAAACAGCCUUGACAGAAAUAAAGAUGCUAAAUAAAAGUUUGACAGUGUCCCAGAGAAAUAACGUGUGCCUUGAAGAGGAAAUGAAAAAUCUGAAAUUGUUGUCAGAUGCAGCCAUAUUGAGAUCUCAGCAAAUUGAGACAUCCAAACAACAGGAAGAAAACUUGCAAACCAGAUGCCAUGACUUGCAAAAGGAAGUACUAGAUUUACAGUGUGAGAUUGAAGCACGUGGGCUAAAACUUCAGAAGGCAGUGACUGAGAUGGACAACUACAAAGAAAAGCUCAUGAAUAAAUCUAAUGAAGCUGAUGAGUGUCAAAGAGAACUUAGAAAACUGAAGUUCGAAUCCAUUAUUUCUGAGUCACGGCACACCAGAUUGCUUAAAGAAAAGGAAGACUCUUUAAUGACUUGUCAACAAAUAUAUAAAACUUUACAGGAAGAACUGACUGCAAAAGAAAGGCAAGAAGCUGACUUAAAAAGAAGAAUUAAUCUUGCAGAAAAUGAACUGGAAAUAACCAAAACCCUUCUGAAUCAGACAAAGCAAGAGGUUGUAACACUGAAAAGUGAAAGGGAAUUGAUGCUGAUUUCACAUCAGAAAAGCAUGGAGCAGUUGCAGGAAACCCUUAGACAGCAGAUGCUGAACGGUGAUAACUGGAGGGAGAAGGUUGAAGCUGAACUCGCCAAGGAAAGGGCCCAACAUUUAGUUGAAUUUCAGGAGCAAGCUCUUCUCUUUGAAGAAGUUAAACUGGAACUCGAUAUUGAAAAGGAAAAACACCAAGAAAUAAUCCAAAAGUGUAAGAAAGAAAAAGAAGAACUACAAAUGAAGAUAUCUGACUUAAUUGAAGGCGCUACUAAGGAUCUAAGGCUGAAAGUGGCUGCUCUUGAAGAAAAGCUCCGUGAAUCCCAUAUUCAAUAUACUGAAGAAUCUGAGUUAAAGGAGAAAGAAAUCGAAAACCUUAAAAAUUUGGUUGCAGAAUUUGAAUCACGCUUGAAGAAGGAAAUUGACAGUAAUGAUUCAGUUUCAGAGGACUUGAGGAAGGAAAUGAAACAGAAGUCAGAUGAACUGGAAAGAGUAAUGCUGGCACAAGCACAACUGAUACAGCAAUUCAACCAGUCCCAGGAAGAGAACACUUUUCUUCAGGAAACAGUGCGUAGAGAGUGUGAAGAACGCUUUGAACUGACGGAGGCUUUGAGUCAAGCCAGAGAACAGCUCCUGGAGCUCAGGAAGCUCGGCGGACGCUCACCCCUAUCACCAUCCUCCCUCAGCCAGGGCAGCCUAACCUCCUCUGUUGCAGCUAGCAGCAGUCAGGGAGAGAAGAGGCUCGCAAGACUGAACUCCGAAAUGAGAAUCAAAAUCCCCAGCCUGCACGGAGUGUCGAAACCCACCGCUUCCCCAGCCUCAACUCAGCCCAGCAGGGUCAGCAGCUCAGGUUUGCCCACCCUCCCCCAGCCACACCCUCCCCGGGGUCGAACGUCUUCAGUCAGUGAGACCCGGCAGAGACUGGCUGUCAUUCUGCAGAGGAGACUGAGUCAGCAGUGAUGGAGCCAAAGUCAGGAGCAGCUCCACACAGCAUGCCCAUCUUUCCCAGAGUCCAGAAACUCACUGUACGAGGAUGAAAAGGAUCAAAUUACUACCACAGAUUAAGAAUGCAUACUUACAGAUAUUUUUAACAAGACAGUUGGAAAAGCUAAAGAAUUGUGAAACCACAUUUUCCAAGAGGCCUUUGAAACUGCAACAGAUAAUGAAGUUGUUGGUAUUCCAGAGGGCCAAUUUCUAUAUUUAUGUAUUGUGUGUUUCGAUGUGCUCUAUGAAUAUGCCCUUUUAGAGAUCAUAGGUAAAAUUUUUCACCCAUAGCAUCUUUUCUACUUUUUUGCACUAUUACAAGCAGAUCUACUUCCACAAAAUAAUAAUAAUAGAUUUUAUUGGU